GCCCCGUCGCCCAUGGGGAGCGCGGCCCGGCGGCGGCCCGGCGGCCCCGCUCGCCCAUAGCUCGGCGGGGCAUGCCAGGCCCCAGGAUGCCGGCCUGGGGGAUCCUGCCCGUCACGCUGCCUGCCUUCACCAUCACCGGCAUGUGGAUCGUAUAUGCCAUGGCACUGUCCAACAACCACAUCUGCCCUGUCCACAACUGGAGUUACAACCAGUCAUGUGACAUGGAUGGCCCCAGCUCCUGCUGCACGCUGGAUCACAUCCCCCUCGUCAGCAAGUGUGGCACCCUGCCUCCCGAGAGCUGCUUCUUCAGCCUCAUCUGCAGCCUGGGCUCCUUCAUGGUCAUCCUGGUGGGCCUGCUGCGCUAUGCCCACCUCCUGGAGCGCCUGGGGCCGUCCCUCCUCAACACCCUGGGGCUGGCCACUGGCUGGGUCUGCGCUGCUGGCCUCACCAUGGUGGGCAACUUUCAGGUGGAUCACGCCAAGGUGCUACACUACAUUGGGGCGGGGGUGGCCUUUCCCACCAGCAUGCUGUUCCUCCUCCUGCAGUCCAUCCUCACCUACCGCAUGGCUAAAACCCGAGGGCAGUACUGGACUGGCCACUUACGGAGCAUCCUCACCACCGUGGCCUUCUUCACCCUCGUCUUCAGUGGUGUGUUCUUCAUCCAGGAGAGCUUUGUGCUACAGCAUGUGGCUGCCUUGUGUGAGUGGAUAUUCAUCAUUGAUGUCCUGGUUUUCUACGGCACGUUCACCUUUGAGUUUGGGGCCAUCUCCACAGACACCUUCCUGGUCCUGCUGAAAGCCAGCCGGGCCCCCAAAAGUUACAAAGGCGAGAGCAGCCUGUCCAGUACAGCCCACAUCCACAGCCACGUGGAGGGCCUGGCUAUGGCCUGACCCCCACAGGAGGCAGCCCAGAGUGGAGACCCCAAACUGGGCUCUGCCAGUGACUCCCCACCUUGAAUAUCUCUGAAAACCCCGCUGCUGUGUGUGUGUGUGUGUGUGUGUGUGUGUGUUUAUGUGUGUCUGUUUAUGUGUUUGUAUAUGUGUGUGUGUGUUUAUGUAUUUUUGUGUGUGUGCGCACGUGGGCCUACAGUGCCCUCCACUCUCAGCAGCACUGUGUCCAGUGCUCCUCUGGCAGCUGCUGCCCCUGCAAGAGCUGUCCCUUCCCUGCCCACAGGGUUUGGGGUCACUGCUGGGAUGUGGGGAUGCCAACCUGGUGCUAUCAGCAGAGCCAGGAGCUGCCCCUGAGCCUCUGGGGUAGCCUGGUCUGAGUCAGGCUGCUGAAGGCAAUCAUACUGAGGCUUCCUCCCGUAAGGGAUGUGGUGGGCUGGAAGGGAAUGAGAUCUCUGUUCUUCCCUCCUCCACAGGGGUAAGCCAGCCUUCCAGCUGGCUACUGUGACUGUCAGAGGAGCCAAAAACACAGAGUGCCUUUUCCCUUGGGAAGUGACUGCACUGCCAGUCCGCUUGCAACCCCAGUGAGGGUGGCAGCAGGGGCUCUCUCCCUCCUGCCUUCCCAGGUGGGUGUGGUGUCUCACUCUGCUGCAGGAUGGCACCAGCAGCCCCAGCUGGACUGUACUGACACCCCCCCCUGCCCUGUGCCAGGGCUCUCACUGCUCAGGGCCUUCUAUGCCAUCAGUCAAUGGCUUUUCCUGCAUUUUUUCAGCUUUGAGAAUUGAUGAGGCAGGUUUCACCUCCCUGGUCACAGCAUUUCCCUGCUUCCAGCUAGUUUGGGAAAUGAGUCUUCAAAUUUACCAUCAUACAGGGGAUGCCCUACAGGCACCGUGCCUGCUGGCCAGGGGACUUCUGCUCUGUGCUGCUGCCAGCCCAAGCUGUCCCAGGGAGUGCAGCCAUGGAAAGGGGAAGCACUUCUGUAGGAGCAGAGGAAGUGUGUGCCCCAUUCUUCUGGGACUCCCAAAUCCGUCCUCUGGUGCCUUGGCCAAUGCAUCCCACUCAGCUGCAGCAUCCUUGGGCUGUCCUGGGCAGGGGGCUGAGGUGUCGAGGGGUGUGAGUGCUGUGUGUGCGUGCAUGUGUGUGUAUGCAUAGAUCUACAAACAUAUAUAUAUAUAUAUAUAUACACAUACAUAUAUAUAUAUAUAGUCUCCUUGUCCCUGGAGAGGGGCAUUUGCUGCUGCUGCUGUGCGCAUUGAUCAAGUUGGGCUUUCCUAUUUGCCCACCUUUUCCAAACCGGCCUGUAAAUCCACCAGUAUAUGUAGUUCAAAGA